AUGCAGUCUGCCAAUAUGCUUCUGAAAAAAAUUGUAAGAAGUUCUGUCCUUCCAUUUGCUGCACAACAUGGAAUGAAAAAGGAUUUGUUACCACUCAGUAGAACUCUGAGUUUAUCGCUUUGCCUGAAGCAGGACAAUUCAUGCAGUCCCUCAGAAAAACUAGAUUUAGAUGCAUGGAAGAAGGUAAUGAAGUCAGGAUUGCAAGAAGUCAGUGAGACGGUCCCUGAGCGUAAGGAGCUUUCCACUUUGGCUGCUGCACGUGAGAUGGUGGAGAUGUGGAGAAUAGCUGGCAGAUCGGUUCCAGAAAAUAUCAGUGAAGAACAGCUAAAAACCUUCAUAGAGUGUCCUUCCAAGUCAGCCAAAAAGAAGUAUUUAAGAUUUUUACAUAUCAAAGAACUUAGCAAGAAAAACGACAAAAGAAAGAUGAAUGAGAAAAGGGAAAGGAGGCUGGAAACACAGCAAGAGCGAGCUUCAGAAACUGAUGAGACCAAAAGUAAUUCAUUCGUGUGUUUGUGGUCCAAAUGUAUGGAUAGGGCAUACAGCUGGAGGGCUGCUCAGUCUAUGAUCUUCGGCCAGCCUCUGGUAUUUGACAUGUCUUACGAAGAAGAUAUGUCCAUCCGAGAAGUUGCAAACACGGUGAGACAGCUUGUAUUAAGUGAAGGCUGCAAUCGAAGAUCUGUGGAUCCGUUCCACCUCCACUUCUGUAAUUUGCAAGACGACAGCCUCUACUGUAAGGAAUUUAUCAAGCAUUAUAGAGAGGCAUGGGGCAAAUUACUUAUCACUGCGACAGACCAGUGCUACACAGAAAUUUUUCCAAAGGACAAGCUUGUCUAUCUGACCGCUGAUUCUCCCAAAGUCAUGAAAACAUUUGAUCAUGAUAAAAUCUAUAUCAUCGGGUCGAUGGUUGACAAGAGCAUAAAAACAGGAGUCUCUUUAGCACGGGCAAAGCGACUGGGGCUGGAGACUGCGGCCCUCCCGUUGGAGAAGUACUUACUUUGGAAUAGUGGUGCUAAAAAUCUCACGCUGGAUCAAAUGAUGCAUAUUUUAUUAACCUUGAAAGAUACUGGUGACUGGAAAAAGGCUCUGGAAUUUGUCCCGAAAAGAAAAUAUUGUGGCUUUGUAAACAAGCCUGUGCAUGAACUGAGAAAAACCUUAAACCUGAUCAACACACUGAAACUUGGAAAGAAGCAUGAAGAAGUACGAAAGCAGUUCGCCAAGAACUACUCUAAGAAGCUGAUGCAAAAGUAG